CCAGGCCUAGCACAAGGUGGAUUUCGAGUUUGGGCGUGCCCUGCUAUUUUCCUGUCUGAUGAAUGCGAUUAAAUAUAGCUUAUUUACUCUUAGUCACUCCAUUAUUUUUUAUAAAUCGUCGUUAUUAUUACAAAAUGCUUUGCAACGGGUUUUGAGGUUGAAAAUGAAAAGUAAGAAAAACGAAUUUAUUUUGCCCACUAGGAGCAGUAAGUGUAAAGGAGGCAGAGUUGUCAGAUGUGCAAUAAAGGUGGUGUUAGCUUCUUAAAAUGUUCCGAGUUUUGGAGCCAUAAACAUUCCACCGUACGUGCGCCGAAAAUUCGAUACUGUUCAGCCAUGUUGCCGGACUGCCACCAAAGUAGAAAAUAUCAAUCAAACUGAAAAAGUAAGUUUUUGGUUUCUCUAUGGAUAUCUAUGAACGCGUGUGAGAUCUUAAUCGGUUAAUUGGAAUUAUGGUGAGUGAGAAUGGAAAAAGUAGUGAAGAUCAUCUGAGCAUUACUGUCUAUUUUAUACUAAAUGGUUAUAAUAUAAUGUGAAAGUUUUCAACUUUUAAACUAACUUUUCAAACUAAACUGUUAAAUUCUGGAGUUUUCAAUUUGAUUCUGUUUGAUUGUCUCAGGGAAACUGAUCGCGUGGCUGGUUAAGGAAGUGUUAUCGAUACGUUCGAUAAUAACAAACCGGUAGGCUUAUAUGAUUGGUUCGAAUCGCCGCAAUCGAUAGAAGUGACAGCACGUGCCAUAUACCUGCGCGCUUGUAUCAUUUCCUUGACCAAUUGUCGACGUGGACAUUGUCUAUCUUCCUUUAUUCGCGUGUAUAAAACGAACAUAGCUGAGUUGUCUUAAACGACAAAUUAAUCAACUUUUGCCGUCACACUGACAUUUUCAAGAGGAACCGCUAAAGAAAUGAGCAUAAAACCGUUAAAAACGGGCGUAAUUUCGAAAAUCCGAAGCUCCUCGGGUAUUAGCAGUGUCGCCCAAUGUGUUUACGAAUUGGUGUGCAACAGUCUGGACGCAAAAUCCACCGCGGUAGCGGUUCGAAUAAAUCUCCUAACGUUCCGCAUUCAGGUGGCCGAUAACGGCUGUGGCAUAUCCAGAGAGGGCCUGGAACUGGCGGGUUCCAGAUACGCCACCAACAAAUGCCAAACCGUCAAAGACCUGGAAAAACACCUGAAAACCUACGGGUUCCGAGGCGAAGCCCUUGCAAACAUCGCGGAAAUGUCGCGCAGUCUAAUCAUCACAUCGCGCCGGAGAGACUGCGAUGAAACCUUCACUAAAGUUCUGUCCAGAGAUGGAUCCAGUAAAGUUACACCUGGAAAAUCCAGGCCCAGUGUGGGCGCCACUGUGACCGUCCUCGAUUGGUUCAGUGCCGCGCCAGUGAGGCAGCAGCGCAUCGUGCCGGAGCUCGAGCUGGAAGAAGUGAAGCAGCAGCUGGAAAGGUUGAUAGUAAUCAACCCGGGCACGUCGUUUAGCUUGCGGAACGACGCCACUGGGCUGCUGCUGCUCAACAGUCCGAAGCACUCCGACAUAGUGAGCGCCUUCCACCAUCUCUACCCCCAAGUGGGGCGCAGCUUCAGCCUCCUGAAGGUCUCCAAAGGCAAACUCUCCAUCGAGCUGCUAAUCGAAAAGGAGCUGGAAGCUGGCAGGCAAUGGCAGCUGGUCUACGUGAACAAACGCCCCGUGCAAAGCGCCAAGAUCUCCAAACACUUUCACAGGGGGUUUCUGCACUCCAGCAGAUCCCCCGCCUUUAUUAUGAACAUCAAAUGCCCCCAGGCAUACGUGGACAUUCUGCAGGAGCCCCACCGAAGCGAAGUGGAGUUCACCUGCUGGGACCAAGUGCUGGCCUGCCUGGACAAGCUCCUGCAAACCUUCCUGGGCGUGGAAGCUCCCGAAGCCCCAGCCGCUUCCAAGCCAAAGCGAUUCAGCAGUGGCGUGUCUCAGCUAGUAGGGGCCGUUCAAGCCACCGCCUACAAGAGGAGGCGGAAUGAGGUAACGCAAACCACUGGCGACUAUGCCAUUGAAGACUCUCUGCCUGCCAAAGCCUCACGGCCCCUGGUGGGCGAGCUGAAGCCCCUGGAAAUCAACUUGGUGCCCAAAAGAACCUUCGACCAGCGGUCCGUCUACUCCAAACUCAACACGGACGAAAACCGGGGCAAAAACCUGAUUCUGGACAUGUUCCUCAAGUCCACUCAGGUGUUCCAGGACGCCUCCCAAAGCUCCGCUGAGGAAUCCAAUUGUGUUCCAGAUAACCACGUAGAGGGCCCUGAUAGGGGCGUGACCACCACCAUCAGCGUCAAUGUGAAAAGGAGAAGAACUGGGGGCGAAGAGAGUGUUGAGAAAGACCAGCCUAUGAGGGACAAGUCGGUCCAGACCAGUCAAAAGCGCAGCCAGUUGCAGCCGAGGAGCUUCCAGAGCGAGCUGAUGGCUCGCCUGGAUCAAUGCUCUCUGGACCUAGACGACGACUACACCAUAAUGGCCCAAAGCCACCGCUAUGCGUUGGUGAGGAAGGACAAUGAGGCUGCUCUGGAUGAGCCGCCGGCUUUAAAUCCGGUGAGACUUUGCCGCUGCCAGCAAGGGGCCGCCAACAUGUUCAACUUCCAAGCCCUCGACCCAGACUGGUGGCCCGCAGCUGCGCAAAGUAAAGAAGAAAUCUAUGCCAAUCCGCCCACCAAGAACAAUGAGGUGGCCACUCUGCUGUUUCGGGGCCUCAAGAAGCAACCUUCGGUCAAAUCCACUUGGAGGCGCUUCUGCACGCAAAGCCCUUACUUUGGAAGCGCCAGAAACAAUCCCAUGCCAGAAACCAGCUCUGCAUAUUUCCAGCCAACGCAAUUUCCCCGAGCCUCCACCACCAUCUCGGCGGAAGUGGCGCAGCUGCUGAACACGAAAAAUGCAAUCCGAUUCAAAAAGCCUGCAAAUGUUACGCCUUAUCCACCCCGGAAAUCGAGUAGAAACCCUAACGAACACCCUGCUCAGAACUGGUUCAACUUUAGCAGCUCGCCGGACAUUUUCGAAAAUUCGAACGAAAUGUGCGACUUGGAAGAGUUCGGGCUGAUGCGCACUAGAACCAAAACUCCCAGCCCCCACGGAUCAGAAAGACUGGGCGGGGCAGAGCCAACCAGCUCGCACCCCUUGGGGGUUGAUGAUCGCAGCUUGCACGAGCAGAGCAGCUUCAUCGUGGACUCGCAGAACCAAUGGCAGAGAUGCGCCACCAAACAGGGCCACAGCUUCUUCGUCAACCGCAGAACUGGCAUGGUGUCGUCCAAGCCCCCGGUUUGCACGCCAACGAAUUUCGCUUUUGAGGAGCGACUGGACUUUGUGCCCAAAGGAAUGUCGCCGGUUCUGAACCGGCAUAAAGAAGUCGAUCGCGUGCUGAGCCAGAACGCCAAACACAAGCUCCACUCUCUGAUCCUGGAAGGAUACGAGAAUGAGCUGAUGAGCGUCAAGUGGCGCAACUGUCCUCACAAAGAUCAGCGAGCAUUUUUUGAGGAAAUCUACAAGGAAAAGUGCAAACGGCACGAGGAAUGCAUCCCACGGGUGGCCAGCAUGAAGGCCCAAAGAAACAAAGUGAGUUUCAGCAGGGGCAUGUUCGAAAGCCUCGAAGUCGUUGGGCAGCUGGACCAAAAGUUCCUGGUGGUGCAUGAAACAUCGGAAAACUUGCUGGUGUUAUUUGAUCAGCAUGCGGUGGACGAGCGCAUUCGCGUGGAGAGGUUCCUGAAAGAAUACAGAGGUCUGAAGGCGACUCACAAGGAGAAACUGACCAUUUUCCUGCCUCACAACGAUCUGGCUCUGUUACAACGACACUCGGACUACCUGGACUCCAUGGGGCUGGGGGUGGAGUUCUUCACCAACGGUCUCCACAUCACCCACAUCCCCGUGUGCAUCCAGGAGAAAUGCGCCGCGCAAAUGGAAGGCCUGAACAAUCUCCUAAACUCCCUCCUCAAGGAGGCUGUGGACUUUCUGAGGACGACCAGAGGGUCCACUGGCAUGUCAAUGCCGAAGAUUAUUCAGGACGUUGUCAACCUGAAGGCUUGCAGAGGCGCAAUUAAGUUCGGUGACACGCUGUCGCGAAGCCAAUGUGGCGCAUUAUUGAGGGACUUGGAAAGGUGCCAACUGCCCUUUCAGUGCGCCCACGGAAGGCCCACUCUAACCCCAAUUGCCACUUUGCACAAGCUGCAAAGCACUCAACUGCCUCCAAGGCCAAGCCUAAGGAAACUGUUGAGGGUUCAUGUUGAUCUAUACUGAGUGGUGGAAGUUUCUUCGAAUUUUGAAAUAAGUACACUUAAAGGAGUGGAACUAGGACUUGCAGGUCAGUGCACAACUGUACGUUUGUUUGCCAUAAAUUUGUAAUAUUUUUAACUAGACUCGACACAUAUACAUAUUGCCAAACUUUGUAUAUAGAUAGGUCAUCGUAACAUUAUAUACAUAACACAGAUAUAUAGUUCUAAUACAACAGCUGAAAUGGUGUGACAGACUGAAACUGGGCCCUCUGCGUAUCGAUAAAAUGUCUUUAUUAUUUACAAACAAUAAUAAUCGCUCUUAAAUGGACCUUUGUUAGA